GGGGACCGAGCAAAGGUCCCAGCGGGCCCUGCCUCUUUGCUCCUUGAACGUCGCUGCCGGCCGGCGCGCGCCGGGCUCCUCUGACUCUGCAGGCGCGGGCGGGAGCGCGCAGCGGCGGGGGACCGAGCGGCGGCGCGCGAUAAUCUGGAACCCUCAAAAUGUUUGCCAAAGCAACAAGGAAUUUUCUUAAAGAGGUUGAUGCUGAUGGUAACCUGAUUUCUGUAUCAAACUUGAAUGACUCUGAUAAGUUACACCUUCUAAGUCUGGUAACCAAAAAGAAGAGAUACUGGUGCUGGCAGAGACCCAAGUACCAGUUUUUAUCUGUCGCCCUUGGAGAUGUACUCACGGAAGACCAAUUUCUAAGUCCAGUGGUUGUGGAGUCAGACUUUGUGAAAUACGAGGGCAAGUUUGAAAACCACGUGAGUGGGACCAUUGAGACGAUUCUGGGGAAGGUCAAGCUGAACAUUGGAGGCAAAGGCCUGGUGGAGAGUCAGUCUUCAUUUGGAACCCUGAGGAAGCAGGAGGUGGACUUGCAGCAGCUCAUCAGAGACUCCGCCGAAAGAGUGAUAAAUCUGAAAAAUCCAGUGCUCCAACAGGUGCUGGAGAGGAGGAACGAGGUCCUGUGUGUCCUGAUACAGAAGAUCGUGACGACGCAGAAGUGUGUGAUAUCUGAGCAUGUUCAGAUCGAGGAGAAGUGCGGCGGCAUGGUGGGGAUCCAGACCAAGACGGUGCAGGUGUCAGCAAUGGAGGAUGGGAAUGUCAUCAAGGACACCAACGUGGUGCUGGAGAUCCCAGCUGCCACCACCAUCGCCUAUGGAAUCAUUGAAUUAUAUGUGAAGCUGGAUGGCCAGUUUGAGUUCUGCCUCCUCCAAGGGAAGCAUGGUGGCUUCGAGCACGAGAGGAGAGUUGACUCCGUCUACCUGGACCCCAUGGCCUUUCGAGAGUUUGCAUUCGUGGACAUGCCAGAUGCCGGGCAUGGGACAUCUUCCCAGGAUGGACCAUUAAGUGUUUUAAAACAAGCCUCUCUGCUCCUGGAGAGGAACUUCCGCCCCUUUGUGGAACUGCCAGAGCAGCAACAGACAGCUCUGCACAACCUCCUCCUGGCGGUCCUGUUUGAUGAGGAACUCCUCAUGGUCCUGGAGCAAGUGUGUGAUGACAUGGCUGGCAGCGUCUGCUCCCUGCAGGCAGCGCAGGCGAUGGGGGAGCUGAAGCCCCCUCAGCAGCAGGACCUCACAGCCUUCCUGCGGCUGGUGGGGUGCAGGAUACAGGGCAAGUGUCCCGGCCCUGAGGAUAAGGUCAGCAACCGGAAGCUGUUUGCCACAGCCUACUUCUUGGUCAGUGCACUGGCAGAAAUGCCAGAUAAUGCUGCAUCUCUACUGGGCACUUGCUGUAACCUCCAGAUUAUUCCUGCACUGUGCUACUUGUUCCAUUCUCUGUCUGAUGGUGGAAUAUCUGAUCUUGAAGACCCAAUCUUGGCUCCUCUGAAAGAUACAGAGAGAUUUGGGAUUGUGCAACGCUUGUUUGCUUCCACCAAUAUUAACCUGGAGAGACUACAGUCAUCUGUGAAAGUUGUCAUCUUGAAGGAGCCUCAUGUUUUCCCACUAAUUCUCUGUAUUACCCUGAAUGGACUCUGUGCAUUAGGCAGAGGACAUGAGUAAUACCAUUUGUCAGUCAGAAGCACACAAUAUUGGCAAUAAUGAGUAUGUUUCAGAAUUGUUAAGAUACUACUUUGGGAUUUAGGUCUGAUGCAUGUUAAAAGUUGAUCAAUGAAAUAAAUUAAAAAACAUACUAAGUGGUGACUUUCUGCAUUCUGAAAGACAUGAGGGACUCUAAUUUAGAGAGUUUCAUUCCAUCAGUUCUCUCCUAUGCUGGUAGAUGGUGAAUAUCCACACUCAAGAUCGAUUCCAGGACCUGAGGAGCUGGGGGAAGAGUUGAGAUUCUAAGCUAGUGUACAUUCAAACUCUUCUUCUGUAGAAUAAUGGUUCCAUCUAUCACUUUCUUACAUUUUCUACUUUGUGUUACAUGUGAACACAGCAGAGUCUGACACUUUAAUCCAAAAGUUCAUUUUAAAUUGUGAAUGCUAUGGAAAGGCAAUUUCUUGUCACAGAAGUGGCUAUGUAUUGGAUGUGCUGUACAUUAUUUGGUGAGUGAAAAAUAAACUAUAAAUGCCCUUAGAGUAUUCCUCUGCAAAAGAAAAUUUUACUAACAAAACAAACCCAACACUAAUAUUAACAACCCCCUGCCUGGGGGUUCUAGCUUUAUCUAUUUUAUUUGACCUUGCCUUGCUUUGAUGAAUAUACUAAUUCCACAUCUAGAAAAAUGUUCUAUGUAAUUUGUCAUUACUACACUUUCUAUCCAAGGAAAUUUUGAAGUUCUUUUUUUUUUUUUUUUUCUUUUUAUUCUGUUUUGACUUCUACCAUAAAUAGCUUAGACUGUGUCCCCAGGAGGUUCCAUCACCACCAUCUGCUGUAAUCUUUCUGGAACCUGGCGCCACUAGAGAUGAGGAAGACCAGUGGUUAGGGAAGCAUGUUAUUCAGCACAUUUCCUUUUUAACCUCAUCUUUGUACACUUAGUUCCCUUUUUCCCCCUCCGAGUUUAAUAAACAUUAACAAAGAAGAUAUAAAGAAAGUACCUCUUCUGUCACUCACUAAAAGAUGAGACUAAGCCUUAUGCAAAUGCUUAUUAUACGCAGGGGGAAAAGAUGUAAAGUACAUUGUGAUGGCAACUGUACAAAAAUAACUACUUUGUAUACAAGUUGGAAAGGAAUAGGCAAAAUGAAAGUAAUGCUAAAUUGGUGUCACUAUGUCUUUUUAUUUGUCAUGUUUUCUGAAGUUGAAUAAAGAACCGCAAACUGUGU